UGGAGUGUUGAUUUAACCAACAAGACUAGACAAAUAGUUAUAAGUCACGAUUAGCAGAAGCAGAGAAAUUAAUAAAAAGUAAUAGUUUUGAUAACCUCCGAAAAGCUGUUAAUGAGCCUACUUAUCACUUUAUAAUGAGUCAAGUGCACAACCAAAACGUUAGGACACCGAAAUUAAGACGCUUCAAUACAGAAGAAAAGGUUUUGGCUUUAUCAAUUUAUAAAAAUAGCGGAAAAUGUUAUAGGCUUUUGAGUAAAAUUUUUGCAUUGCCUUCAUCAAAAACCCUGAACAGGCUAUUGCAGUCAAUAAAUUUAAAACCUGGCCUUAAUGAAAUUUUAUUUCAGAGCCUUCAAAGACAAGUAGAAAAAAUGAGUGAUAAAGACAAAACCUGCGUACUUGUAUUUGAUGAAAUGGAGAUAGACUGCAAUUUAACUUACAACCUCCAUAAAGAUGAAGUCAUAGGAUUUCAGGAUAGUGGUAUUCAACCAAAAGAGAAAUAUAUUGCCGAUCAUGCCAAUGUAUUCCUACUUAAAGGGGUUUACCGCUUAUGGAAGCAACCGGUAUGCUUCACAUUUUGUCAAGGGGCUACAAAAGCAAUAAUACUAAAACAAUUAAUAAAAAACAUUAUUGAAAAAUGUUUUGACGUGGGCCUAAAUGUAAUUGGAACCAUUUGUGAUCAGGGAUCAAAUAAUUCAAGAGCCAUAAAACUGCUUUUGGAGGAAACAGAAGAGCAGUGUAAGAGAAAAAACAUAAAAAACCACUUUUUCGGAUUCAAUGUCUGUGACAGGGAAGUGAUUCCAUUAUAUGAUGUGCCCCAUCUCUUCAAAGGGCUAAGAAACAACCUAUUGGACAAGGAUCUUCACUUUGAAAAAAAUGGCAUAAGAGGGUGUGGGAAAUGGAUCCAUAUCCAACAACUUUUUGCACUAGACAAUACACAACCUUUAAAAAGGUUUUGUCCAAAAUUAACCGAGCAGCAUGUAGAGCCCCAAAAAAUUAAAAAAAUGAAGGUAAAAAUGUGUACCCAAGUGUUCAGCCAUAGCGUUGGUUCUCUUUUAACGAGAAUUCCUGGAUGGGAUAUUAAAGAUAAAAAUAAGCUUGGCCCUGAAGCGGAAUCUACUGGUGAGCUGAUCCUUUUUUUAGACAAGCUUUUUGAUAGCCUUAACUGCUUAAGGUAUUCAAAAAUGGGUAAUGCAGCAAAGCCUUUGAAGUGUCCUAUGACCAGAAAUUCUGGUCAUAAAAGUUUUUGGUUGGAAUCCCAAAAAAUCAUACAAAGUAUGAAAUUUUUUUCGCAUGCUAAGCAAACCUUUGUAAAUGUACCAACACUUAAAAAUCUUAAUUUUACAUUAAAGGGAUUUUUAAGAUUGACUGACAAGCUUUUUGAUAAUGCAGGCUGCAAAUUUGUGUUAACAGGGGCAUUUAAUCAAGAUGCCCUUGAAAACUUUUUCAGCUACAUUCGCGCACACGGUCUAAGAAAUACCAAUCCAUCGCAAAAUCAAUUCAUGGCAUCUUUUAAAACUUUGAUGGUGAAUAAUUUUACCGCAGUUCACUCUCCUGGAGCAAACUGCAAAAGAGAUUGUUCUGAAGGUUUAGAUAAUCUUAGGAGUUUGCUUACAGGAGGGCGAAUUACUGAUGUUUUAGCUACAGAAACAAAUGAAGAAGUAGUCAUUCCAAAGCAUGUUUUACUACAAAAAGCUAAUUAUGCAGGAAGUCAAGACGCAAUAGUGAGACGCGUGUGUGUAUUUUUAAAUAAUUUAUCAUGUAAAAAUGACGAGGACGAGCUUGAAAAAGACGAAGACGAUGAGGAAGACGAGUCAGAAGAGGACGAGGACGAUGAAGACGAAAACCUUGAAGACGAUAAUGAGCCACUGGCAGAGGAAAAAGAUAACUUUUUAAUGAAGAUCACUGUUGAUAAAGACGAAGACCUAACAACUGAUAUAGAGGUAACUCAUAUUGAAAUUCCAGAAUAUAAGGAACAAGUGACCAAUUUGAUUAAAAAUUACAAGCCGGAAAAGACCCAGAGGACUGACAUAAAAAUGAAGAUCAUACUGAAGAAUGAUGAACCUAUUUAUCAAAGGCCAAGGCGAUUAGCUGUAACGGAACAAUUAGAGUUCAAAAUCAUAACAGACUGUUCAGCUUUUCAAAAGGCAAUGGAGAAAAAAGACCUUACGACCAGAGUAGCGAGGUGGGCUCUUUUGCUAGAAGAAUACGACUAUGAGAUAGAGCAUAGAAGCGGAAGUCGUUUGCCUCAUGUAGAUGCUCUAAGUCGAUAUCCACAAGUGUUUACAAUGUCUGUAGAAGACGGGAUCACACAAAGAUUGAAGUUGGCACAAGAACAAGAUGAGCAAAUUGUAUCUAUUAAAAAGCUUUUAGAACUGAAAGAAGACCAUGAAGGUUAUUUUUUGAAGCAUGGAUUAUUGUAUAAAUACGAGAAUGGAAUAAAAAUGAGGAAAAAAGAAGAUAUCAUGAUUAGAGAUCUAAUAGAACAAGAAGCGAAACAGCAAUUUGCAGAAAGCAGGGAAGAACUACGCCAACAGUGUAAGGAACAAAUAGAGUACAAGAAGAAAAUAGAAAAGGGCCAUCAAGAGUCAAGCCUAAAAGAUAAUGGCACAACGAUUUACAAUGAGAAUGAAAACGAAAAAAUGCCCCUAGAGCAACUACUCCCAUUACCCCCUCCCGCUUCAAGUAGUUCUUCAUCAUCUUCUAGCUCCUCUUCCUCAGAUACCUCAGAUUCGUCGUCAUCUGAAGAUGAAAAUGAGCAGCCACAAAAUAGUUUAACGGUUUCCGAAAUACGUAAAGAUGAACCCGAUCAAGACCUACAAAGUGACCCUUACGAUACUGAUGAUAGUGUUCAAGACCCUCUAUUUGAAAGAUCAACCUUGUCAAGUUCUUCAGAAGAAUCAGAGGUGGACGAAAGCAAUCUCCAGCCCAGUAAAAAAAGAAAAGUUAUUAACCGAAGUGAAAAUAAUAAUAAAACUUGUAAAAAAAAUAAAAGAAGACCGGACAUGUGGCAAAAAAAUCAGGCAAAAAUUCUAAGAAAUAGAGGAGAAUCUUAUGCUUAUACUCAAGUACGAAAACUCGGAAAUGAAACAAUAAAAAUAAGAAAAGAACAACCAAAGAAAACAAUUCUUCCUCCAUGUGAUGAAAAGUGUAGAAUAAAAUGCUAUGAUAAAAUAUCUUUCGAACAACGUGAAAAAAUUUUUUCUGAAUUUUACAAUCUUGGUGACAUAACAAAACAAAGGGAAUACAUAGCAUCAAAUAUGACCACAAUUACUCCCAAAUACAAGUACAGUAAUGUUGCUAAUCCGAGAAACCCUAUUAUGCUAUAA